CCCGGUCCGGGUGGAGGGUUCGGACUCACGACGCGCGCCGAGGUCCGGGUGGCUUCUUUCGGGCCCUGCCAGUCGUCGCCAGCGGAGUUUCUCCCGCCCCCCCCCCGGGAAUGUGGGCGGUCGGGUGGAGGCGCCGUCGAUGCUGCCGUCGCCCCGCCGUGCCUUCUGAUCUCUGACCGGCCCAUCAGCAGCCAUGGCAUCGCCGCUGGCCGGCCGCCGCGCCGCCGCUCCUCUGCGCGCUCUGGCCGGCGUUGCCCUGCUCCUGCUGUGCGCCACCUCCGCGGGUGCUUCCCAGGGGGACAAAGAGCCGGUCUACCGGGACUGCGUGAAGCAGUGUGUCCGGACCAACUGCACCGGGGACCGGCUCCGGGGCUUCCAGUCCACCCAGCCGCAGUACAUGGCGCUGACAGGUUGGACGUGUCGAGAUGACUGCCGCUACCAGUGCAUGUGGACCACGGUGGGUCUCUACCAGGCGGAAGGCUACCGAGUCCCGCAGUUCCACGGCAAGUGGCCGUUUGCGCGGUUCCUGUGUUUUGAGGAGCCGGCGUCCGCCCUGGCCUCUCUGCUGAACGGCCUUGCCUGCCUUCUCAUGCUGCUGCGCUACAGGAACACCGUGCCCCGCCAGAGUCCCAUGUACCAAACCAUCACCGCCUUCUCACUGGUGUCUCUGAAUGCUUGGUUGUGGUCCACUGUGUUCCACACCCGGGACACGUAUCUGACCGAGAAAAUGGACUAUUUCUGUGCCUCAGCUGUCAUCCUCUACUCGAUCUACCUGUGUUGUGUGAGAACUCUGGGUCUGAGGCGGCCCAGUGUCUCCAGCAUGGUGGGAGUUCUGCUCAUCCUCGUCUUUACCUCUCAUGUCUCCUACCUGACCUUCGUCAGCUUUGACUACGGAUACAACAUGGCUGCCAACGCCACUAUCGGUAUCAUCAACCUGCUGUGGUGGCUGUGCUGGUGUUGGCAGAAUCGUCGGACUCUGCCAUACUGGUGGAAGUGUGGUCUGGUGGUUUUGCUGCUGCAUGGCCUGGCCCUGCUGGAGUUGCUGGACUUCCCCCCGCUCCUCUGGGUCCUGGAUGCCCACGCCGUCUGGCACCUCAGCACCGUCCCUGUGCACUUCCUCUUCUACAGCUUCCUGAUCGACGACAGCCUCUACCUGCUGAACACAGAGAAGCUGGGCGUCAAGCUGGAGUAGGAGGAGUUUAUCGCCUCGUCACCACGCCCCUCCCCUUCCGCCUCACCAGCCAGGGCAGCCAGCCGCGUUCCGGAACGAGGGAUGAGCUCCGUUUCCACGGUGACCUGCAUGACGCCUGCGCAAAGAUGAAAUGCGUCAAAGUACACCUUGUUUACAUUUUUUUUUUUCCUUAUGAUUUUGUUGUAUUUUCUCCUUCUUCUUCUUCUUUUUUUUUUUUUUGGUUGGGGGAAUUUUUUUUUCCCCAAUGAGAUUCACAGUGAUUGACGCUUGCACUACAGAACUUCGCCUUUUAUGGACUCCCGAGCUUUCCAUUUUGUCGUGUACCGAACAGGGAAGGAGAACGGAGUCCGUUAACGAGUCGUCUCUCCCCGUUGCGGUUGUGUUGCAUAUCUGACAUGUGAAGUCGCCCCGUGUAUUGUUCCGUGAUCACCCGAGUCUAAUGUUGGACCACACUAAGGGGUCAGCCACUCUGCUUGCACCAUGGGUGUCUCACACGCUAGCUAGUGGUGCCGUCACACACACUUGCAGUUCACCAGGCUGUGAUGGCAGAUGGCGCCACAGUCCACUGCUCUGAAAUGGAAAGCAGCUCUCUGAAGCAGCGUUUGCCACAGGCUUUGCGGUUUUUGCCUGAAGAGUGGCCCGGUGGAUGCAGAGGGUGACC